AUGGGUACUUGUUUGAGUAAGAAGAAAGACUCUUCAACUACCACUUCUUCUCUUGCUGAAACCAAGUCAACCACUACAAAGUCUGUUGAGUUUGAAUGGAAGAAGAAUUCUUCUCGGAAUGGUAUCUCAGUUUCCAACCCAAAAGUUGAAACAAAACCAGAACUGAAGCUGAUCAAGGAGAAUGAUAAGAGAGUUCUUCAGAAACAUGAUGAUAAAGGGCAAGUGAAAAAAGAGAUUUUUAUCAUCAAACACAGGAAGAGCCAUGAUGAAGCAGCUGAAGAAGAUGUGGAUGCAAUUCUUGUACAUUGUGGGAGACUCAGCAGAAAUUCAUCAGGUAAAGCUUCUUCUUUUAAAGACCAGAGAAGGAGAUUAUCGGGUUCAAACCGAAGUAAUGAUUUUGAUGACAAUGAUACAAUUUUCUCUGAAAAGGAGCAAAAUAUUAGUGAUUUGCAUGAGGAUGAUUGGAGGGAGCCUGCAGAGAAACUGCAGUUUCAAUCUCCAAGGUCACUUUCACAGGAUGGAAAUAGAAGAACAAGAAGAAGAAGAAGAACUCCCAGCAGAGAAAGAGAGCAGCAACAAUGUUCGAGCGGCAUGGAGAGGAGAUUUAGUAUAUCACCUGUAAGAAGAUCUUCAGAUGCCACCACAUCACUCAAUGCAAGAAACAACAACAGCACUAGCUCUAAGCCUGCAAAAAUGGUGUCUGUCCCUGCUACUGUUACAUCCCUUCUAAUGGAUAAAAGUAAUGAUAAUGAUUGUGAAGAAUCUGCAGCAGAUACAACUGGUAUAAAGAGGAUUACAGUUAGGAGAAACGUUGGUGUGGCUUCUCCGCGCUCUCAAUCUCCUGCUAAAGUAAAUGGGAAUGCAGUAAAUCAGCAGCAGCAACUAUCACUUGGUCGCAAUUCGUCGAAGAAAAAAGAUGAAUCGCCAUACAGAAGAAAUCCACUGAGUGAGCUUGAAUCUAACUCCAUUGCUGCUCCACAUUCAACAACCAAUUAUAUCAACAGCAGGAUUCAACGCAGAUCCAAGGCGGAAGUUGAAACAGAAGUUAAACAGAAAUCAAAUGCCAGCAGAAUUGCAUUGGACAAGGGUGUGGAUGUGAAUUGCAAGACAACAAUAAAACAAGAUGAAGAUGUUAAAGUGAUGUCUUCAAUGGCUGAUAACGUUGUUGUCAAGACAGUGGUGCCACCGGUGGUUGAAAACCUAAAACCCCGGACAUUAACAAGAAGCAGAUCUUUGAGGCAUUCGCGAGACUUAGAGUUAGACUUCAAUCCUGAAGAUCUUUUGAUUCCUCCACAGUCCUACACCUCACUACUGCUUGAAGAUAUCCAGAACUUCCAUCAAAAGAACACACCACCCCCACCACCUGUUUCUCUCCCAGCUUGUGUUGCUAGAGCUUGCUCUAUCCUUGAAGCUGUUGCUAAUCUCAACUCCAAUACCAGCUCAAAUUUAUCUGGCGUAGAGGACAGGAGAAGUCCAUCAGGUUUUCAGUCUAGUAGGAAUGAAUACAAUGUUCCAUUGGGUACUAGCAGUAGUUAUGGGAAGAGAGUGGCAGAUACCAGGGACCCAAUUGUAGAGUCUGAGUUAAUUGUUUAUGAUGAAAUGGUUGAACCGAGCUUACAUAAGUUUGAGACAAUGAAUGUGGAUGGUCCGAACAAGGAGAAGCAAGAAUCUUCAGGAAGCAACAGCUUAACUGUCAGUAGUGCAAAACAGCGGCGAGGCAUUUCUUCUUCUUCUUGGGAACCUAGUUCUAUUGAUUCAAAAGAUUCCUGGACUGAUAGAUCGAACAAUUGCAUUGACAAGGAUCAGAAAACCUCGUUAGGCUUGGAAGGAAGUGUGUCUUCUUUUGCAGGACGAGAGAACGUGGAUGGAGCAAAGAAGAAAGUGAACAGCAAAAGGAGAGAGAGUGAUCAUCAGCAGGACAAAGAGACGGGGUCUGGCAGGCUUGGUGCCAGUAAUUUUCUUCACAUGAAACCAGUUGUCACAGCAGCUGCAUCCACAUAA